UCACAACAAGAAGCACUUUCAGUCUGUCUAAAAGACGCUCUGAGAGAGAACACCUGAGUGAAAGAACACAGGAAAUUCCACCCAGUAAAUAAUGACUUCAGGAAAAGGUGAUCUAAGGAUUAUUCUCCUGGGUAAAACUGGAGCAGGAAAAAGUGCAACAGGAAACACCAUUCUUGGCAGAAAUGCAUUUAAAGAGACCAGUGAAACAUGUGAGAAACAGAAAGCAUAUGUGGACGGGAAGAAUAUUGUUAUAUUUGACACUCCAGGACUAUUCAAUGCAUCUCUCACAAAAGAGCAAGUGAAGGCAGAAAUAGAGAGGAGUGUAGAGAUGUCUGCUCCUGGUCCUCAUGUGUUCCUGCUGGUGAUCAAACUGGGAGUGAGAUUCACAGAAGAAGAGAGGAACUCAGUGCAAUGGAUUCAGGAGAAAUUUGGAGAAGAGGCUUUGUUUCGUACCAUCAUUCUGUUUACUCACACUGAUCAGCUGAAGGGUACAUCUUUGGAGGAGUACAUCAGUAAAAGCCACUAUUUGCCAAAAAUAGUUAAUAGUUGUGGUGGCAGAUAUCACUCAUUCAACAAUGAAGAUAAAAACAAUAAACAUCAAAUUACAGAACUGUUUCAAAAGAUCAGUGGAAUAAUGAGGGAAGAUGGAAUGAAGCAUUACAAACCUGAUCUGUUUGAAACAACUAAAGCAGAAGUAACAGGGAAGAGCAAAAGGAACCUGACAAAGUUCACAUAUAUUUUAUGUGCUAUUGUACUAAUUGGAAGUAUAUUAAAAGGAGCAUUGAAUGUGAAACAGCAGUUGCAAAUGCAAGAGGAGAAGAAACAGCAACUGGAAAAGGACCUCAAACUGAAGGUGGAGCAGCUGCAAACCCAACAGGAGAAGACACAGCAACUGGAAAAGGACCUCAAACUGAAGGUGGAGCAGCUGCAAACCCAAGUGGAGAAGACACAGCAACUGGAAAAGGACCUCAAACUGAAGGUGGAGCAGCUGCAAACCCAACAGGAGAAGACACAGCAACUGGAAAAGGACCUCAAACUGAAGGAGGAGCAGCUGCAAACCCAACAGGAGAAGACACAGCAACUGGAAAAGGACCUCAAACUGAAGGUGGAGCUGCUGCAAACCAAAGAGGAGAAGACACAGCAACUGGAAAAGGACCUCAAACUGAAGCAGGAGCAGCUGCAAACCCAACAGGAGAAGACACAGCAACUGGAAAAGGACCUCAAACUGAAGGUGGAGCUGCUGCAAACCGAAGAGGAGAAGAUGCAGCAACUGGAAAAGCACCUCAAACUGAAAGCGGAGCAGCUGCAAACCCAAGUGGAGAAGACACAGCAACUGGAAAAUGACCUCAAACUGAAGGAGGAGCAGCUGCAAACCCAAGAGGAGAAAACACAGCAACUGGAAAUGGACCUUCAAGACACAGCAACUGGAACAGAACUUCAAACUGAUGGAGAAACAACUGCAAAUGCAAGAGGAGAAGAAACAGCAACUGGAAAAGGACCUCAAACUGAAGGUGGAGCAGCUGCAAACCCAAGAGGAGAAGACACAGCAACUGGAAAAGGACCUCAAACUGAAGGAGGAGCAGCUGCUAACGCAAAGAAUAAGACACAACAACUAGAAAAGGGUGAUCUAAGGAUUAUUCUCCUGGGUAAAACUGGAGCAGGAAAAAGUGCAACAGGAAACACCAUUCUGGGCAGAAAUGUAUUUAAAGAGACCAAUGAAACAUGUGAGAAACAGAAAGCAUAUGUGGACGGGAAGAAUAUUGUUAUAUUUGACACUCCAGGACUAUUCAAUGCAUCUCUCACAAAAGAGCAAGUGAAGGCAGAAAUAGAGAGGAGUGUAGAGAUGUCUGCUCCUGGUCCUCAUGUGUUCCUGCUGGUGAUCAAACUGGGAGUGAGAUUCACAGAAGAAGAGAGGAACUCAGUGCAAUGGAUUCAGGAGAAAUUUGGAGAAGAGGCUUUACUUCGUACCAUCAUUCUGUUUACUCACACUGAUCAGCUGAAGGGUACAUCUUUGGAGGAGUAUAUCAGUAAAAGCCACUAUUUGCCAAAAAUAGUGGAUAGAUGUGGUGGCAGAUACCACUCAUUCAACAAUGAAGAUAGAUACAAUCAACUUCAGAUCACAGAACUACUAGAAAAGAUUAAUGCAGUGAGGAGAGCAAAUGGAAUGAGGCAUUACACUCCUGAGAUGUUUAGAGCAAUUCAGACAGAGAAUACAGGGAAAGACGAAAUGAUGCGUCUGAACAUUAUACACGUUAAAGGAGCAGAACCUGAAAGAGAAGCUCCAAAGAAAGAACAAGACAAGAUCCAACUAGAAAAUGACAUCUCACACAAGGUAGGUAAUGAGACAAUCCUGAAAAAUAAGAUACAAGAGAAAAAGCAAGAGAAGAAUAAACUGAGAGAUGAGCUCCAACAAAAAGAAGAGAAUGAGAAGGUCCUAAAAAACAAGAUACAAGAGAAGAAGCAUCAGCUGAGAAAUGAGAUGCAAGAGGAACAGAAGGAACAGGAUAUAAAUCAGCUAACACAGGAUCUGAUACAGAAGAAACAUGAGAAGCAUAAACUAAAAAAAGAUUUAAUAUGUAAGAAAAAGGAGGAGUAUCAGUUAAAUGAGGAUCUGCUACAGAAUGAAGAGGAAGAGUUGGCGCUGGAAGAUAAGCUGCUACAGAACAAACUGGAUCAGUAUCAGCUAAAAAAGGAGCUUGAACAACUGGAAAAGAAAAAGCAGGAGCUGGAAAAUGAUCUCAAACAGAACAAACAAGAGAAUCAGAAGCUGAAAGAGAGACUCCAGCAGAAGGUAAAUGAAAAACAUGAGACGGAGACAGAGCUCUUACAGUACACACAGAAGGUGUAGUAGCAGGAGGAGCAUCAUGAGGAGCACCUGAAGCACGAGUAACAAUAAUAACAGGAGGAACAGCAGCAAGAACAUCUACAGAUGAAGAAGUUACACACAGCAAGCUAUGUUGUUUUUGGGGGCCUGUUUUCAUUUUAGUUUUAAUCUAGUCUUUAUGUGAAGCUGUCAUUUUAUUUUUAGCACCACCUUCAUACUCUUUUUAGUCUAGUUUUAGUCAAUGAAAAUUGUAACAUUUAGUGUAGAUUUAGUCAAAGAAAAUUGUAUUUUAGUCUCUUUUUAGUAAUGCAAUUCUGUUUAACCCAUAUAUAUAGUAUAUAUAGUAUUAGUACUUACUAGUAUAGACAAAACCAAAAUUUUGUGUGGAUUGAGCAAGAGCUUGAUAGGGUGGCGCGGAAUGAAAGCAUUUUCCAGGAGACAGCAGUAGAGGCGGCGCGACUAUAGUGGCAUGUGAUCAGUGAAAGACAUUUUAGAAUAGUUUUUAUUUUGUAAACCACCUUUAGUUAUGUUUUUAUUUGUUAACGAUAUUGCACUAUACAUUUAAUUCCAGUCAUCGUCACAUGACCAGCAUUUACAUUGCGUCUCCUCUUGUUUUCGAGUAUAAUGCCCACUGUCCAUUCACCUCAAAUGCAAUAUAUGUCCAUACUACAUCACUUAAUACUGCAAAGCAUGUUGUGGAUAUAGCCUUUUGAACAAUUUGUUAGACCAUUGAGAUAUAUAGCUUCUCUGUAUACUGAAUAUAUUGUGGUUAAGAUAUGUCAUACUUCUGUAGUUAUUGGAGUUUUAAACUGUCUUGCAUUCGCAUGGUAGAUAUUAAAAUGUAAAGCGUUUGCAAAUGGUAGUUAUAUAAAUAAAAAGAUAAAUGUGGUGGAGAUAAAGUGUUUGCACUUUACAAUAUACAUAAAAAAUGUAUGAUAUUCCAUUCCAAUUCCAUUCAAAUACAAAUCUUCCCUUAAAUAUAAUCUCUCUGGUAUAAAACUGGUUGAAUUUCAUUGCUGUCAUUUACUGUGUCAUUAUUUGAGUUUAUCGCCUCUAUUAACUGUUAGUUCAACAGUUAGGUUUAAACUGCAAGAGUAAACAUUGUGCUCAGGAAGCAAGCUCAGCACAAACAGAGCUGACCACAGAACCAGUUCAGACUGAUUCGGAAGGUAAAUUAGUUUUAUGUCUAAUACACAGCUCAUGAGCUACAACUGAAAAAAACAGGCGAAUGAGGGGAUACACGAGAUGCAUGAGAUGCAUGUGUCUAGAGGAAGAGGAGGAG